AUGGCGUCCAGCAUCUCGCUCUGCUUACGGAGCUGCCACACGUACCCCAAAUCGCGCAUAAUCAGCUUGGACAUCUUGUACUGCAAGGCCGAAGGCCGUCACGCGCCCCGCGUGUCGAGCUGCCGCUUGUACUCCCGGUUCUUCGCCGUCAACGUAGGCAUCUCGUGCUGCAAAGCUACCAGCUCGCGCUCCAUCUGCUUGGCGCCAGCAGCCUCGGCUCGGCUCGAAAGUGACCAUCUACUGGACCGGCUUCGCCAGUUGUUCGGCCUGCCUGCCCACGUCAACUUGCUGACCGCUGCCGUGUGCUCGGUUCCGGACCCUGAGUAUCUGGCCGGUUACCAGAAGUGGGUGGAGCAGUUCGGGGUCCGCACUGUGGUGCUCCCGGCCGAAGGCGAUGCAGACGACGUCUUCAGCAAGAGGUGGCCUCUGCCGUCGUCCCCAGGGUCGAACUCCACGGAUCGGUGGGCGAGGCUGAACGGCAUGCUGAUCCCAGGUGGAGGCGGCAACGUCUCCGCACUGGCACGGGGACUGCUCCUGCGAGCUGUCAAGGCCAACAGCGAGGGCGAGUACUGGCCUGUGUGGGGCACGUGCCUGGGUUUCGAGUGGAUCGUGCAGGUCUUCGGCGGCGACGCCGCUCUACAGUCUGGGUUCGACGCCGUCGACGAGCGCAUGGACAUCAGCUUGACGCAAGUCUCGGAGCGGAGACGCAUGUUGGCCUUCGCGAACAUCUCGGUGUUGAGAUGGUUGACCCACGACAACGUCACGUACGAG